AUGAGGAAUCCCAGCGAGAAGUGGUCACCUCUGACCGAUACAAACCUGCAGAGAAUCCCCGUUGUGUUCCUCAGUUGGCCUCAUACAUACCCUCCACACAUCCCGAACGAGAUGGCCUACACAAUUGAAAGAUUGCGCCAAGCGCAGAAGCUCUUCAAUGGUGCCAUCAGCCAGUUUUCCGUUCUUCCGAAAGUGCAAAGCCCGUACAAUCUUCGUGAGCGUAAACGUCCCGAGAUCCUUGGAUCAUGGCACGAUGACUCGAAUGAUGAGGAUUAUGAUCCCGACGAGGAUCGAGUCCGGAAAAAGCGCAAGAGUUCUGUUGCCCCGUCUGCGGGCUCAAGCCCUCGAAUGGUCAGGAAGGCUCGGAGUAUGUCUUUUUUGGCCGAGCCCAAUGUGAACAUGGACUCGGACCAUGACGAGGAGGAAGAAAGUCCCCCUGACCUAAAUACCUACCACAGUGAGCCUGAGCCCGAUGCCUGGGACCAACGCUGGGCCGUGGCUCCUUCGACCACUCCCAACUCCCGCUAUCAACUGCGUCCUCGUGCUCAACCUGAGACCGAGAGCCCUGCCAAGGCCAAGGCUGAUCGACUUGCCGCCAUCACACCUCAACUGCCUGCGUUUGCCUCCUCUUCGGCAGCGGAAGAUGACAACAAGCCCGCCCGAGGAUGUGAGGCCUGCCGUGACCUCGGCCAGGAGUGUUCCCUCGAAACUGAUCGUGAUCCAUUUGCCUACCCAUGCACCGAGUGCGAACAAGACGGUCUUGACUGUGUGUUGAUUCCUGCACCAAAGUGGAAGCGCUCGUGCGAGAAGUGUCGUCGCCGCAACCUUUGGGAGCCAUGCUCGUACCACUAUGCCGAUUAUGACCAUGAGCUGCCCUGCCACUCAUGCAUUGAUCACGGAUAUCCUUGUAUUGCUGGCCCGGCCAGACACAUGCCGUCUGUUCUCAUGUCACAGCAGAUUGCAGAUGAAACUGACGAGGCUGAGCCAAUGUCGGAAGCCAUACUCGAUAACGCCGAGCCCUCCAAUACUAUUGAAUCGAUCAAUAUCUCGGACGAAGAGAAUGAUACCGAAGGCAACAAUGAGGAGGAAGAAAUGGGCGAGGCCGCCAUGCCAGAAGCCAAUGCACUCCCCACCACGAACCGCCAUGGUCAAGUCCCACCCGCCAUUGCCUUUGGGGAAGUCCGUCGUAUCCAGACCGAAUUUGCCCACCCUCUCCACUUCGCUGGUGAUUGUGAUUAUCCACGAGAAGGCCCUCAUUGCAACUGGUGCCACAACUUCGCUUACGGCAUCGUUGGACUUGGUGCUCGCAACCCGGAGGUCAUCGACUUUGGCACCAAGAUGAUCGAGAUCCAAGAUGGACACACGGGCGAAGGAAAGGAAGAGACUCGGAUGUGUCUGGACUGCGUUUGUCACAGAAUCAAGAUCAUUCAGUGCACGCAUGCCAGCGUUGGCCCUUUGCGUUCGCCUGAAUCAGAACGGGACCCGUCGGAGGAGAUCGCGGAGUGUGAAAACUUCAUCAGAGCGCGUGAUGCUAUCGUCGACCCCCGGGAUAAUGCUUCUGGUCCCCCCUUCGCGACCAAUCGUGAAUGGUGUGGCAUUUGCCGCAAGCCCGCUGCCUGGACUUGCAAGACCCCCAGGCUGCCAACAUUUGCGAGGCGGUAA